UUAAUAGCUCAGUUACUCUGUUUCAGGUAUUUACUUAUAGGAUGUUAUUUUGACUCACUUAGUCUGUUCAGAAUUGAUUUGAACAUAUUGGCAGAUUAAUGAUUAGAGGUGACAUUUGAGAUGAAGCUCUUUAUCAGAAAGUGAUAUAUACUAACUACUGAACAGUGUUAUUCUGAGACUGUGGGAAAACGGCCAUGUCUCACUUGGUAUGCAGGGCGUUGAGAGCUGUAGUCAUCAGGAAACUCUGUGGAGUAAGAUUCUGUAAGAAACUUGAACUAUUUAAGUUCAUGAAUGACACAGAACAGCUAAGGUUUCAUGUGACUUCAGGAAUCAAACACCCAUUGUCUGUACUGGGAUCAGACAAUGCUGGAAAUGUCUUGUCACAGAGACAUUUAAAUAAUGAUUUAAGGUGGUGGGAUUCUGAAGUUAACCAUGAUGGCAAUUCUGAUCUUAAUGGAUACACAAAGACUGAAGUCUCCAGUGAAAACAGGAAACCCAGAAAAAUAUUUGGAAGUAGUGUUUUAGAGGAUUUUGAUACAGAGUUAGCAGCGGGAAACAACUUCAGCUGGAGUGUGAGUGACUGGGAGAGAUUUGAACAAAAAGUGUUGUCAGAGGGCAUGGACCUUAGUGAACUCUGGGAAGGCGUUUGCAUGAAUAUGCUGUACUAUCAUGAGGCAGUGCACAGUGGAGUGGCCCUGAUGAAACACAUAGAGAGCCAAGGGAGAUCACCCAAGUUAGUUACAUGGACGUCCUUCAUUGCGCUAUGUGGUUGGCAUGGGGGAAAAGACUUUCAGGAUUUAGUGCUGGACUCUUAUGACAAGCUGCUAGAAAAGUUUGAUGUAUUUGAUAGCAGCUCCUGCAAACUGCUGAUUCAAGGACUGUCCGGAACAGAUCGCUGGAAAGAGGCAAUACCACUUUUGGAGAUGGCUAAGUUAACACAACAACCUGGCAGUGGAUAUUUCUCACCCAUUAUUUUGGCAGCUUUGCGUGAAAAGGAUAUCGGUGUCAUCAUGGAAAUGCUCGACAUUUUGGGUGAAACUUUGCGCAUUCCACAGAGUAGUGUUUUCAUUAAGAUGGCGGAAGCUUGUGCAGAGAAUGAAAACUUUAAUUUUCAGGUUUUAUUUGAGUUCUUGAGAAAAUAUGAGUGGUUCCCAUCUACAGAAGUGGUACAAAGAUUAGCGCAACUUUGCAAGAGAGAUGGAUGGAGAGUUUCUUAUGCACAGAUGGAUUCAAGGGGCGUGUGUAAUAGUUGUGGGUGUCAAGCCCCUGCCUUUGCGCUGAGUGGAGAGCAGUUUAAAGAGCUUCGGGACAAGUUCCUGGAGCGAGCAGUCAUCCGAGGGGACGUGUUUUUAAAGUCCACCCCUAAAGAGCUGAAGAGGUUCUCCAGUUUUCUAGAGGACAUUGGAUCAUGCGAUGUCGUGCUGGACUCUCUCAACAUUGUCCUCGGCCAUUGUGCCAAGGCUUCCUCGCAGAAAAAGACCGAAGUGCUACACAGUGCUGUAGACUUUUUCUGGAAGAGAGGGAAGAAAGUGUUGGUGCUAGGAAGGAAGCACAUGUCUAACUGGCCGCAGAAGGAGAUGGCGGCCAUUAAGCAAAAAGCAGACAUUUUUUUUGCCGAAAACCAAUCUGCUGAUGAUCCGUUCCUGCUGUAUGCUGCCCUGUACAGUGGCCCCCAGACUCUGAUUGUGUCCAGUGAUGAGAUGAGGGACCACAGGUUCCUGCUGGGCCCCAGACUGGGCCAGGUGUUUGCACAGUGGCAAAGAGGUCAUCAGGUGUAUGUUGAUGCCGUGAAUAAGAAGACCAACUACGUCCACAUGCGUAUGCCAAGACGCUUUGAGACAGUGGCUCAGCAGGACUCUGGUGGAUGGCAUAUACCUUAUGAAGAUCAACAGGAGAGGUUUUCCUAUCACCGUCCAAACGCAUGGCUCUGUCUUAGAAAAAAAUAAA